GGGUCAGCCAUUUGAGUCAGGAUUUGUGUCGUUUUUCUUGUUUCGACAUAUUCCGGAGGAAAAAUGCCUCCCAAGAAAAAGAAAUCAGGUAAAAAGAAACUUGCAAAGAUGACUGAGGAAGAGAGGCUUCUAUACAUGGAACAGAAAAGAUUGGCAGAAGAAGAAAUGAAGAAGAAAAAGGAGGACAUGUUGACACAAUUUUUGAAGGAUAAACUAAUUAAAGAAGAAAAGAGCACAAAAUUCAAUCUGAACAAACUACAAAACCAAUGGAGAGUUAUCAUGAGAGAGGCCAAAUCACAGGAAUUGAAAAAGGAUAUAGAGAUUCUGAGUCAGACUUUUGAACGAGUGAUAGAUAGGAAGGAAGCAAUAAUCAAGUCUUUAGUAAAAGAUAUUGAAGAAGCUGAGGAACAAUACCAGAUGGCCCUCAGAAGUCACUUGCAAAAUGUUGAUAGGCUUAUAGACUUGCAACAGAGAAGGUUAGAAGAAGCUCAAUCUGAGUAUGAUCAAGAGCAAGAGAUCCUUAAAGAAGAAUUUGAUACAGAAAGAAUGAAGAUCAUAAGCCAACAGAGAAGGGAGAUGCAUGACAUUCAGGACAUCAUGUUUGCAAUGGAGGAAGAGUGGAAUGAACUGGAAAAUGAGGCUAAGCAAGAUUUUCAAAGUCUUAGAGAUGAAAUAAAAAACAAAAACCUGGAGGAGAAACAUGCUCUGAGAAUACAAUUGGAAGGAACAGUGGAGGAUUUAUGGAGACAAUUUCAACAGGCACUCAAGAAUUACAAUGAAACAACAGAGGAGAGAAAAUUGGCUUUUGAAAAUCUCAAAGCUAAAGAUGAGAAGAGUUCUUAUGAAAUAGAAACCCAAAUGAGAAAACUACAAAGAAUACAGGACAACAUUUCUCAGCUUAAAAGUAAAAUGGCAACAAAUGCUAAAGAAUGCGAUGAAAGGAACAGACUCAUAAAAGAGCAAAGAGAAGUAGUUGCUACUCAGUUCCAUGAACUCAAAGCAGAAAUGAACAAAAUGAGGGAUUCAGAAAGAUCACGUUUGACCCAGCUGACACUUCAAAGCAAUGCAGCCAUAAAAGAACUUACAAAGACCAAAGAAAGGGGUGAAUUUAUCCUAAAGCUGGCUGAAAUGUGCCGGAAACUGGAAACAGAGGCCGAGAAGGUGUUGCCUUUCUAUGUGUCGUCACUUUUACCAGAAGAGGAAGAUGACGUGGCCGCUGCUAUGCAGGAAGCACCCUCUGAACCACUUGCCGAGAUUCUACAUGAGUAUUCUGCAUUAGAGAACUUUUGGAAGAGGUACAACAAGGUUUUACUUGAUAAGUUAGCUCUUGAUAAAGAGAAGCACACCCUUCUCCAAGAAAAUCAGCAACUCAGGGCUGUCCUCAAACAGUACUUAGAUGGAAUUUCCGUGAACGACGAGAUACUUAGUCAAUACAACCCGCUUUUUAUUGUCAAUAGCAAAACCAACGUCAGGCUGGCCAUACCGGUAACUGACCCCCGCAUCAAAAGAUCAGGCCCUACUGUGGUGGAAGCGGCCCAUGUCGUUAAGCAUUCCAUGUAAAUCUUCAUGAAAAAAAAAUAAUAUCACGCACUGUAAAAAUGUAAAAAAGUAUUUUAUCUUCCUCGAAGAUUUCCAAGCAUCGUGGAAAUCGUUUGACUGUGUGUUAUUUGUGACUAAAUAAAAUUGUUUACCCUAUU